UAGACGACCAUGGGGCCCGCACCACCGGAUCGGGUUUGGCUCCGAGUAAUCGAGUAAACUGCGGGUGGGGUAACCCGCCUGAAAUAAUAGCCCAACGCCUUGCGUGCCUGUGAGAACCCGAGACAAAGUCCCGAAGCGCCAAAAUUCAAAAUCUGCUAGAAUCCAGUCGCCACCGACUCUACAUCCGCCGGCGGUCCCCUCUGCUCCGGCUCCAGGUAUCACUUCCACGUCUUGAAUUCAGUCUCCUGAAAGCUCCGUAGCUUAUACCCGAGUGUUUUCAGAUGGAAUCUUCUAAGAAGGAAGAAAAGUAUUGUGAUACUACUCUUGCAUUUAUGGACCUUGCUAUACAACAGGCUAAAGUUGCCUUGGACAGCCUUGAAGUUCCUGUUGGUUGUGUCCUUGUUGAAGAUGGGAAGGUCAUAGCCUCGGGAAGAAAUCGAACUACUGAGACACGAAAUGCUACAAGACAUGCAGAGAUGGAAGCAAUUGAUUCUCUCCUUGAACUGUGGCAGAAAAGGGGACAUUCGAAGUUUGAAAUUGCUGAAAAGUUUUCAAAGUGCAUGCUCUAUGUUACAUGUGAACCAUGCAUCAUGUGUGCUACUGCUUUGUCAAUUCUUGGUAUAAAAGAAGUUUUCUUUGGAUGUGCUAAUGAGAAAUUUGGAGGAUGUGGGUCCGUUUUGUCAUUGCACUCAAGUAACCCUGAACCACACAUUAGUGGAGUUAUGCAAGGGAAGGGAUUCAAAUGCAAUGGAGGAAUAAGGGCAUCAGAAGCAAUCUCUCUAUUUCGCAACUUCUAUGAGCAAGGGAACCCUAAUGCUCCGAAGCCUCACAGGCCCAUUGUUCGUGGUGAAAACUGUUGAAGAUGCCAACUAGCACGUCAGUUGCCAUAUAACUUGUACAGAUGGUCUCUGUGUUGAUGUUAUUGUUGUUAUUGUUAUCACCAUUGCUAUUUCUGCCCAUGUUCACUCUCUAAGAGACAAUCUGCUUAACUAGAUUGAAGGCCAUCGCCAUGUUUAUGUAGAGGAUCAAAAGUCAAUAGCUAUUCCUUGGGCAUUCAGAGACUACAGCAAGUCUGAAUUGGAAAACUUUCAAGGCCAAAAUCAGCAGACACAUAUCAAGAGAAGAACUGGGGCUCAGCUGUUAGGAUCGAGUUUUACGCGUUGAGCUCUAUUUUAUGCCCAA